CCCAUUUUAUUCUCUUCCCCCAUCUCCAUUCCUUCCCCAUUUAGAAACCCAUCACUCGGAAAUCAUCAUCAGAGAGAUCAGGAAAAAAAAACCGACGCAAUCGUUGCAAGAUCAAAACUCGGGUUAGAGAAAUUUUUCCAGCUUUGAUUGUGUUGCUUAAAGAUGCUUCCGGGAAGAUUGAGCCCAAGCCUCGCCACGACCGUCGUCCUCCUGUUGCUGGCUUCCAGUCUCUACUGUUCCGGUGCUAGCAAUGGCCCUUCACCGGCCCCAUCGGUGUCGCCCACCACCAAGCCCCCGUCGCAGGCCCCUACGUCCGGUAGAGCCGCCUCCCCAAAAAGCUCUACUCCUCCACCGACUGCAUUGACCCCUUCGAAGCCUCCUGCAUCUCCACCGCCAGUUUUGGCCGCUCCGAAGGUUUCUCCGACGCCCUCCACCGUCCCGGCUACUCCUCCGGCUGCUACUCGCCCUCCGGCUUCUGCCCCUGCGGUCAGCCCCACGGCCGGCGGGUCUCCUCCGGCUCGGUCUCCAGCGACUCCUCCUGUAGCAUCCACGCCUCCGGCUAGCACCCCAGCCAUGACCCCUACAGGGGCUACGGCACCUACAGCAGAGACUCCAGAGCCCGCGGGGACCAUCCCGUCGAGUUCGGCAACUCCAGCCGAGUCGCCUGAUGCCACCGCCAACAGUCCUCCUAGUCCCGUGCCGGUGGGAUCAGCCCCAGACAUGGCUCCAGGCCCAGCGAGCGACGAGCAUUCCGGCGCCACUCCAGUCGGAUUAGGUUUGAGCGGGGGAUUGGCGAUCUUGGCGGCCUUAGCCAUAUAGCCUUUUUUUUUUUUUUGUAGGUCUUCAACAAUUCUUUAUCUCCGACGUUGUUCUUUCGUUUCUUUUUGUCGUUUUGCUGCUCUUCUUUUGUUCUCUUCGAAGAAGAUGUUCGGUUAACCAUAUUGGUGAAUGAGGACCGCAUGCAUUGAUCCGUAAGUUUGAAUA